UGAGAGGGUCUCCUGGGUCUAGCUUCACUGCAGUGUAGAGAAGGGUACGGCGGCUGUUUUAGUACGAUGCGCUGAAGGAUGGUGCACCAGGAGAAACGUGUUUACCAGGCCCAGAGGAAUGAGAGAGAGUCCAUCAGGCAGAAACUUGCCCUUGGCAGUUUCUAUGACGACGAGCCAGUCAUCUAUACCAGCUGCAGCAAGAACGGCCCGUCCUCCCGGCUGCAGGGUGGGGUGAACCUGCAAGUGUGUUUUGUCAAUGACAGCAGCAGUGACAAAGACAGUGAUGCUGAGGACAGCAGGACAGAAACCAGUCUGGACACACCGCUGUCCCCUGUGAGCAAGCAAAGCUCUUCGUUAUCGGACCGGGACACGGCAGAGGAGGACUCAGACCCCUUAGAUGACUGCAGCGGGUUCUGGCGGGUGCAGCGGAGACUGCAGGAGGAGGCCCGGGUGGCGUUGGCUCUAGCUCGACCCAUGGCUCGCAUGCAGGUGGAGGUGGAGAGGCAAAUCCAAGUGCACAGACGUUCACCUGUGGCUGACUUGCUUCCCCAUUUGCCUCACAUCAGCGAGGGUUUGAUGAAGAGGAAUUUGAGGCGAGGAGACAUGAGGGACAUGAGUCUUGGACAGCUGCAAGUCAUCACGAAUGACUUACACUCACAGAUUCAGAGUUUAAAUGAGGAGCUGGUGCAGUUGCUGCUGAUGAGGGAUGAGCUCCAUGUGGAGCAGGACGCCAUGUUGGUGGACAUAGAGGACCUCACCAGGCACGCUCACAGCCAUCAGCGGCACCAGGCAGAGAAAGCUGUCUCUAAAUAAAACACCCUUGUCUUCACGUCUGUCUCUCUGCUCUUCAUCCAAGCGCUUCAUGGACUGUCACCAGUGUUACUAAGGAAACUCCAUCCGUGCUAUUAACACACACGUAAAGUGGUGCACCGCCGGAUGUUGUCGAAGGACCGAGGUGGCCAUUGCUGUCGGUAUGGACACAGCUGACUUUGUGCAGGCUUUUCACUUCCACUCAGCAUGAUUAAUCAAAGCAUAUUUCACAGAAUUAGGGGAAUCCUCUUGACCUAAUUCCGUCCCUAACACUGAUUUACCUCUAUGAUUUUGCACAUUACACUCAUGUAUGUUAAUGCUGGGUCAGAGGGAGCGCCUGCACACCUUGUUUCUCACUUGUCACAGAGAGGAUGAUGACUUUCAGGGCUCGCACCUGACUGAAAUGAAGAUUAAUUAACUUUGUCUUUUGUUUGUCUCUAUAGUGAUCAAGAAGAUUUAUCCGUUCUUCUGUAGAUAUGCCCCACUCACCCGUUUAAUCUUUCUUUCACUAAUAGCACCGUGUCAUCGCUGUUUAACACUGGAAUUCACUAUUAAACAUCUACUGUCUGAGCUGUUGCAGCAGAAAAUGAUGAACAGUCUGUAUCCGUGCUUGCCUGCAGCUUAGUUUCACAGGUUGUCUACACGCUUCACAGAGAUCUUGUAAAGAUCAUUUAGACACAAAAUUGGAAUUAACAGUUUCCACCUGCUUUAAAUAUGUGUUAAGAGCUAUAUGAGACAACAUUUUGAACUUUAUCUAGACAAAUUUGUAUUUGUUAAAUGUGGAGAUACUUGAUACAAUAGACAAAAUGACAAGACGUGGGUUCAAAAACUAUUUUGGGUUAAUAUAUAGGGAUAGAGGACGCAAAAAAUGGAGGCACAGCCUCUUAGUAAAAAUAUGCAACGUGAUUUUUGUUAUGCUCAAUUUACCAAUGCUAAAAAAAAAAGUUUAACAUAAUAAAAAAUGUAACACAAAUAUAUUAAUAAACCACUGCCUAAACACAUAUUUAUUUUAUCUGUUUAAAAGGUUUAUGGACAUACUGUAUGUAAAUGUUAAAAGAUACUUUAUUAAA